GUGCUGUCUUGAAUACAAAAGGACAUCUUCACAGGUUCAACACAGGCACGUACUGGUGUUUGUGCGGGAUUCUAAUUUUUCUGGAAACUGCCAGCCUCAGGUAUGAGGGCCUGCUUGGUGUUCCUUUGCUUACUGGCAGCGACUCUUGCCCUGUCUGUAAAAAGUAAACCUCAUGGAAAACAUCACGGAUUGCACAAGACUUUACACACAGCCAAGGAAAAGGAUGUCAUCACAGAGGAAGCCAAUAAGCCUCAGAUCUUGCCUACUUUAGUCACUUUUGCGGCCAUCAGCCAGGAGCAGGAAGAUGAAGAACUGAGCUCCGAAGACAAUGCUAACUCUAACAAGGAGGACGAAGAGGUGACCGAAAAAAGAGAGAAAAGCACUCCGGUCCUGUUGAGCGAGGAGGAACUGGUAGACCUCCUGAGAAAAGAGGCAGAAGAAGAGGAAGAAGAAGCAGAAGAAGGAGAGCUAGAAGAAGAAGAAGUGCAGGCUGACAAAGGCCAGGUGGAGUCUAGUGAGGCUGAGGAGGUCACUGAUGAGGAAACUGAGGGGGAGCAGAAGAAGAUGGUGGACAACAUAGAGGAAGAUGUGAAGGAAGAGAGUGGGAAAGAUGAAGCAGAGGAAGAGGUGGAGAAGAUGUCCCUAGAGGAAAAGCAGGAAGAAUCUGCUGGCAGAAUGGCUGACACAGCGGAGCAAGCGGCACUUUUGGAGGAGGCAGAUGGCAGCACAGAAUCAGAGAUCCCAGUCGAUCUCGACUAUGCUGCUGAUAGUGGCCUUUUGCAGCCUCUACACAUUGUACCAGCUGAAGUCAAAGCCCACACUGAAACACAGGUAAAUUCAAAAACAGCUGUUAAAGAGAAGGAAGAACUGCCGAGUAUUGCUGACGACUAUGAACAAGAAAUGCAAAACACCGAGGCAGCAGACAGCGAGGAAGCGUCUGAUCAGGAAAAAGUCCCUCAGGAAGCAAAAGGCAGUGCAGAGCUUGAAUCAAGGUCUCGGCUGUCUGAGAAGGAGGAAGAGAAGAGCAAGAAUGAGAGUGGAAGUCACUCCAAGAGGAAGACGAGAAAGCAAAAGAAAAACCAGAGGGCAAAGAAACAUUCUCCACAGAGGGACGAAACACAAGCUGGGAAAGAGCAGAGCCAGCAGGAUGCUCAGGAGUCUGACGGCAGCAACAUCGACAACACAGUCCACAAGGCAAAGAGGAGAAGGGCAGGAAAAUGGGGUCCUUUAGUAGGUAUGAAUCCAGUGCAGAUAAGAGCAACAGCAGAUUUGUAUCCCAGAUCCAGACCCUCCGCUGAUGAAGGCCUGCAUCCCUCAGAGACCCCUGCUGAUCCGUGUGACAAUUUCCGCUGCAAACGUGGGAAAAUGUGUAAACUUGAUGCGGACAAUAAGCCAGGUUGUGUGUGUCAAGAACCGUCACAGUGUCCUCCCAGCAUGAAUGAAUUUGAUCAUGUUUGUGGGACAGACAACAAAACAUAUGACACGUCGUGCGAACUUUUUGCCACUAAAUGCAAUCUGGAGGGCAGUAAGAGGGGACACAGACUGCAUCUGGACUACACUGGGGCAUGCAAAUUGAUACCUGCAUGUGUAGACACUGAGCUGAUCCAGUUUCCACUGCGUAUGAGGGAUUGGCUGAAAAAUGUGCUGCUGCAGCUCUAUGAGCAUGACUCCGUAUCCCAUAGCUUCCUCACUCCUAAACAGCGUUUUAGAGUAAAGAAAAUCUUCGAGAGCGAGAGGCGCCUUCACGCUGGUGAUCACUCUGUUGAGCUUCUCGCACAGGACUUUGAGAAAAACUAUAAUAUGUACAUCUACCCAGUACACUGGCAGUUUGCCCAGUUGGACCAGCACCCCUCUGACAGGUUCUUGUCCCACUCAGAGUUGGCCCCACUCAGGGUCCCUCUGGUCCCGAUGGAGCACUGCACCUCUCGCUUCUUCCAGGAGUGUGACGCUGACAAAGACAAGCAGGUUUCCUUUAAAGAGUGGACCUCUUGCUUUGGUAUCAAGAAUGAGGAUAUGGAUGUCAACCUGCUUUUCUGAGCUUCGUUUUGCACCAUGUCGACUAUACAAGCUUGUGGAAGCUGCUCCAGCAUUCCAGCUUGAAACUGAAGCCUCCAUGUACCAGUUGGCUCUUUUUAUUUUUUUAUUUUGUCAGGUCAAAAUAUUAAAAUACACUCUGGCAAAGGAACCCCUUUUACCUCCUGCUUUAAAGAACAGAUGUUGGUAAUCACUGCUGUUAUUUUGUGUCAGGCUAAGCGUGGACAUUUAAGUUGUUGAUCUGCAAUUUAGACUAAGCUGCUAGAAUUGUUUCUCUUUUAGAAUAUAAGUAUGUUUAGCCAGUUUUAUCCAGAAUCUGCUUUCUGAUGCAUUCCAACCUGGGGGGAAAGUUUACAACAGCAUAUUAAUAGAAAAGGCAGUGUGCCAUGCUUUAAAAGAACUGUGGUUUGUCUGUUAGAGUGAUUUAGUACAGAAUUACUCUUUAAAUUAUAAAGGUUUAGUAGACCAUUUCAUAUCCUUGUGUUAUACUAGUAAAUGUAAAUCAGUAACUGUGUUGCUUAACUGAGAAACAAAUGCUGUAAAUGUUUGUCUUCUGAUCUUAUAUAUAGCUCUAAUUAAAGUUUUCUGGACAGUAAAAAAAACAAAAAGACAGGAUGUUUCAGUGCUAUUUGUUGUUUAUGAUCUCUUGCGUUUCUUUAAAGUCCUGAAAUAAAGAAUUAGCAUCAUAUUGGUUGAUCCCAGUGAACCCCAAAAGACCCUGGGAAGCACUUCUUUAUGAUAUAUAACAUCAUGUUUUAUUCACUGAUCAGUUUCUAUGUGUCUUUGUGACAUGAAUUUAAGUCCUCUGCAACAAUAGCUUUAAAACGCAAGUCACUGAUACCUGGGUUUGGUUUGCCACUUAAUCCUGAAUAAUGGCCCUCUGUAAGGCAACAAAGCAAAAAAUAGCCUGCAGCUUGGUCACGAUGAUUACAGUAAGUUGUUGUUUUGAGAUAAAGCAUCGGACUCUGAUUGGACCUUCCUGGGUGAUCACUGAAUCCCACGUUCUCUAUAUAAGUAAAGAAAGCAGCAGCUCUUCGCUUGUCGACCGUCUGCUUCCAUUGAGACACAAACAUGUUCUGCAUACUGUGGGUUAUCUUUCAGACCCUGGCUCUUGCGGUGGAGGGUGGUGUGUCUUCGGGGAGUGCUGAGGCACUUGCCAAGGGGAGAGUGAAUAACAAUGGAGGGGCAGCAGCUGCCAACAACGCCAAUGCGGGGGCUCAGAAUGGGGCUCCACUGAACGCUGAACCCAUUUUGGCGCACUUAGUCCAACUCGGUGGGGCGUACUUUCUCCAGCCAGUUGGGAACCUUGUAGGCCAGGCUCCUCUACAGCAGCUAAUCCCCAUCGUAGCCCUCCAGCAAGGUGGGGCGAUUCCUGUGGGGCAGGCAGGCGGAGCCAGCCUGAAUCUACGGGGGCAGGUGGCUCAGCAAGCCAGGGGUGGGCCGGUCACGCUGUUUGCAGUGCUGCCACAGAGAAAUGCCGGAGGAGACCCUCAGCAUGCCGCCUUGAUGCCAGGCCAAGCCCAGCUGAUCUCCAUGGCCGGGUUGAAUAACCAGCAACAGCUGGGUGGUGUUGGUGGUGGUGGAAAGCCAGCGGGCAGAGUGAGGUUUCAGCGUUCAGUUGCAGCUCGCCUCAGGAGGACACAGUCUCCGGUGAUGAAGGUGAUGGAUGAAGAAGAGGAGGAAGAAUGCUCUGGGAUGGAGAAGGAGGAGAAGCCAGUGAAAUGAGACCACGCUGCUGUCAUUAAUGUCUCACGAUUCUUUCCUGUACUGUGAUUAUGCACCCAAAGCUGUUAAUGCUUCAGUGCUAUUAAUCACUGUCAUCACAAGUGAAAGCCAAUAAAUGAUUCAAAUUUGAA